AUUUGCUUAAUUAUAAUUGUAUUAAUUCGUGAUUUAAAAUUUCAUUUCUUUGAUAUACGAAUAAACUCGAUCGGUUUUAAUUUCGAUCAUAGUGUCGCGAUCGCAUUCUAAUCGAUAAUGUUGGAAACGAUACAAGGAUGGUAACAUCGACAUCGUCGAAUUCUCAGUGUAACGCAAAGCAGGUUGAAUGUUAAAUUUGUACGUCAUUUUCACGAAUAAAUUCGUUCGUAUGUUUCGCAAAAAUUUUUCGCAAUCUUCCUCUUUUUAUGGUUAAGGAGUAUCGUCCUUUAAUCGAAUUAACUACCAGCUUCGCUAAACGUAAAAUAAUAACCGGAUAUCCCGGUUAGCAAUCGUUUAGACCAUAACGAGAAAUGGCGUUAUGCUUUUCGAGAAAUUACGCGGUCAUUAAGGUCGAUAAGUUCUCCGAGUGGCAUGGUUCGAAAACCGGUAGUGCAAGUAAAGACAGCUACCACAUCAGCCGAGUAUCAGUGUGCAAAGAUUGUGAUUCGAAAAACAAAAAUUGCGAGUCGAUUGAACGAACAUCUUACGCUCGUUUUCUUUUUUUUUUUUUUUGUAAAAUGGAUCAUUCGAUGAUAUUCUUGUUGAAGUUUCUGCUCUGGGCUCGUUUGCUCCUCGCAGUCGUUUCUUUACCAACCUUGGGUUACGUCGAUCGACAUCGUUUAGAGACUUACGAAGAUUUUUCCGAGGAACGACUUGGCGACUUGGAUUUUUUUAACAACCUGAUCUUUCGAUUCUCUUGCGAGGGAAAACCGAUUGGCCUGUACGCGGAUCUAGAAUACGAUUGCCGAAUUUUCCACGCUUGCGAUGAUUCGGGAAAAGGUUUCCCCGUCGUCUGUCCGAAGGAUACGUUUUUCGAUCAACGGGAACGUGUGUGCAGCGACGAAGGACACGUCGAUUGUGAACACGCGAACGAAUGGUUUUACUUAAACGAGUUGCCAUUCUCGGUGGAAGCGACGGAUGAGAAUCACGCGCGAACAGAAGAAAAAGAAGAAGUUCCUUCGGUGUUGCCUCUUCUGCUACAGUGACGAAAUCAGAGAUUAAAACGUUUCGCGUUUAAUUUUACGUGAAAGUGUGAAAUAAAAAACGUUUCAGUGGAUCAGUUCAACUCGUAUACUGUAUAAUUGAUCUUCAAACGGUUCGACGGACCAUCAUCGUGAUUCUAUCGUAUCCAAAUGCGGUAUUCGCAUUAAUUUUAGAAAUAGAGAAGCAAAAUGAGAAAAUCGAUAGCGCUUUAUUAUCAUUUAAAAAAUUAGUGUUGAAUAGAAACGUUCUUCAAGACUUUAAAAUUAACUGAUUCCUGAUCGCGAUAAAGCGCAGAAUCCAAUAACAUUCUUCUCUCCCGUUGCUCGUUUUAUCGUUUAACGACGAAGAAGAAAGGAGAAGCAUCCGAGACGAGAAUAAUUACAUUGCGCGCGCGUCGUAAUCCAGCGAUUCUUAUCUUAAGAAAAAACUAGCGGUGGCGAGAACAAUCGAUAAAAAGGCGAGAGACAAUGGGAGCGGGCGGAGAGGUGGUGGUCGAGCAAAGGAAAUCAGUGGAUGAGUGGAUUCUGAAGCGUUUUAUUUUUCGUAAACGUAGAAACAUAGAGAGAAAGAGAGAGAGAGAGAUAGAGCAAAACAAUCGCUUACAGCCUUACAAACUAAAGAUUUUUAUUCGAUAUAACAUUAUAUAUUCCUGCGUUGUCUUUGAUCAUCAUCGAGCGUACCGAUUACACCGAGAUCGAUAAGAGAGAGUUGCCCAACGAA